AUGAAUGAACAACUUCAACAUGCUCAUCCAGAACAGAACCAUACGGUCCAGCAGCCACAAAAUCAGACGCUGGCUCUGCCUCCACCGCAGCAGCUCCGAUCCCCAAUGCAGACUCCAGAACGAGCCCAAUCAGACAUUCCUGACAAUAUUUCCGAGGCUAAUUCACACGAGACUCCUGUGCGAUCAUCGAGCCCGGCUUUUGACAUCAAGGAGGAAAGAAAAUAUUCGGGGUCAAAGGACCCGAACAGGCAUGGGAAAUCAAGUCAUCACCAUUCUUCAGACCGAAAGUUGUCUAGAAGUUCCGCAUCAAGGGGGGAAAAGGAGCACACGCACAAGACAACGUGGACAGAAAGAAUAAGUCUUGCUGUUGAUACAUUCAUUCAGCCUGUGGGCAACUACCGUGAAAGUGUAAAAAGGGAGGUGGCGUACAGAAACAAUCAGCGUGAAGAGCAGAACCGGAGCUCUCGGGAUAAAUAA